UGACAAGCAUAUUGUGUAACCAUUUGCUAUGCAAGACACCGUGCGACAAAAAGCUGUGGAACAUGAUGAGAAAAAUGUAUCGUACCAGUAUUUCAACACGAUCAAUGUUGUCUAAUAAAUUCUACGUUGCUGGAUAUAAUUCUACAUUUUCGCUCCUUAACGUUAGGCUUCUAUAGAUAAAAUAUCUAUAAUAUCUGCAAUGGGGCGAACAUUGAGAAAACGUCGCCAGAAGAAGAAGCUCAACUUUAUAAAAUUGAAUGAGAAUAUUGAAGAAUCAUUAAUAUCUUUAAAAUCCUGGCUUCUAAAUGAAAACUGCUUAUCGAUUCGUCAUUUGAUACCAGAAUAUUUUCCUCUCACAGGCAGAGGCUUAAAAACUUUAAAACAUAUAGAGUGUAACGAAGUAUUGAUUCAAUUACCAUUUCGAAUGUUAAUAACGACAGAUACACUAUUGCAGAUAUUGCAGUGGGAAUGUAAUUGACCGUGCUCAGAAGAAGAAGAAUGUGCCACAAUCUAAAUCUGUUGUGCCACCAAUUAAAUUUUCAUCAGUUGUUACUGGAUUAACUGGAGCAAAGCCUGGGCAGCAAAAAAGAAACUGUUUUCAUCCUGGCAUUUCCGGCUUGAAUAGAGAUGUGCUUGAUUUACACAAUAAACAAUCUAUCACCAGUAUGGAUAUGUUGAAAGCCAUGCUUAGAUACAUAUGGCCAGAAGAUGAUUCAGAAAUACGACAAAGAGUUAAAAUUGCAGUGGGUUUACUUGUUGGAGCCAAGAUCCUGAAUGUUUUAGUACCAUUUAUUUUCAAGCAUGCCGUGGAUGUUUUAAAUACGCACACUGCAACAAUCAAUGGUAGUGCUCUAAUGGAUUUAACAACCGCACCUGCGACAGUCGCGACUGUAGCAACCUCGCUACUCGUAGGAUAUGGAAUAGCACGUGCUGGUGCUGCGGGUUUCAGUGAACUCAGAAAUGCGGUUUUUGCAAAGGUUGCACAACACUCUAUUCGUAAAAUAGGCAAAAAUGUUUUUAUACAUCUACACAAUCUUGAUAUGUCUUUUCAUUUGAGCAGGCAGACUGGUGCUUUAUCAAAGACAAUCGAUCGCGGCAGUCGCGGUAUUAAUUUUAUUUUAAAUGCUAUGGUAUUUAACAUAAUACCUACAGUAUUCGAACUAGCAUUAGUUAGUACAAUAUUGGGAAUAAAAUGCGGGGUAGAAUAUUCAGCUGUAGCGCUUGGUUGUGUAGGCGUUUAUUCCGUAUUCACAUUGGCUGUUACACAAUGGCGUACUAAGUUCAGGAUUCACAUGAAUCGAGCAGAAAAUGAAGCGAGCAAUAAGGCAGUAGAUUCACUCAUCAAUUACGAAACAGUAAAAUAUUUUAAUAAUGAAAAAUUCGAAGCAGAGAGAUACGAUGAAUCUUUAAAAAACUAUGAAACGGCAUCUCUCAAGACUAGUACAAGUUUAGCGAUGUUAAAUUUUGGACAGAAUGCUAUUUUCAGUGGUGCGUUAAGUCUCAUCAUGGUGUUGGCGGCACAAAAUAUAAUAAAUGGUACUAUGACUGUUGGUGAUUUGGUGAUGGUAAAUGCCUUGUUGUUUCAACUCUCAGUUCCUUUAGGCUUCUUAGGUUCUGUUUAUCGAGAAGUAAGACAAGCUUUUAUCGACAUGCAAACUAUGUUUACUCUCAUGGCAACAGACACUGCAAUUAAAUCAAAAGAAAAUGCACUGCGAUUUUAUGUGACACCAGAUUCCUCGGAAAUUCAAUUUAAAAAUGUAAAUUUCCAAUAUGUUGAAGGAAAAUCUAUUUUUAAAAAUAUUUCAUUUACCAUACCAAGUGGUAAAAAGGUUGCUAUUGUUGGAGGAUCUGGUUGUGGUAAGACAACAAUUGUGAGACUGCUGUAUAGAUUUUUUGAACCACAAAGUGGCGAUAUUUAUAUCAAUGGUCACAAUAUUAGAGAUGUCGAUUUAGAUGAUCUCAGAAAUUGCAUUUCGAUUGUGCCACAAGACACAGUACUUUUUCAUGAAAGUAUAUUUUAUAAUCUACACUAUGGUAAUUUGAAAAAAUCAUCUGAAGAUGUUUUUGAAGCUGCAAAAAUGGCAAAUCUACAUGAUUCUAUAUUAAAAUGGCCACAAGGAUACGACACACCCGUAGGAGAACGCGGUUUGAAAUUAAGUGGGGGAGAAAAACAAAGAGUUGCAAUUGCUAGAGCAAUUUUGAAAGAUAGCCCUAUAUUAAUCUUUGAUGAAGCUACCUCUUCAUUGGAUUCUAUUACAGAACAUAACAUACUUGAUGCCCUACGUAAAGCAACAAAUAAACGAACUUCAAUUGUGAUUGCACAUCGUUUAUUAACAGUCAUGGAUGCUGAUGAUGUACUCGUUCUAGAUCAGGGUAAUCUGAUUGAAAGAGGCACUCAUGAAUCUUUAUUAUCUAUGCCAAAUUCUCUGUAUAGUAAAUUGUGGGAAACUCAACAUAUGGGUAUGAAGAAACUACAAGGACAAGAAGAAAGAAAUAAAACUGAACAAUUAAAAAUGUAAUUUAGAUGUUGCCUUAGCAACCAUUUGAAACAAUUAUGGAUGUCGACUAGCUCACAAGGAGCAUUUGACAGUUCUAUAACAACUUGGUAAAGUUGUAACAAAU